CUAUGGUUGUUUAUUCGUACAGGGUAUCGAUACAGAGAAGAUUUAAAGCAGUGGAGAGAGGAAGAAUUUGCCCACACAACUGAAGAAAAAUAGGAAUGGAGGAAAUUGGGUUUUUAGGGCUAGGAAUCAUGGGGAAGGCCAUGUCCAUGAACUUACUGCGCCAUGGCUUCAAGGUCACUGUAUGGAACCGGACUCUUUCUAGGUGUGAUGAGCUGGUGGAGCAUGGAGCUUCAGUAGCAGAAACCCCUGCAGCCGUAGUUAAGAAGUGCAAAUAUACCAUUGCGAUGCUGUCUGAUCCUUCUGCAGCUCUUUCGGUGGUUUUUGAUAAAGAUGGUGUUCUCGAACAAAUUUGCAGUGGAAAAGGAUACAUUGACAUGUCAACUGUUGAUGCUGACACGUCUUUAAAGAUCAGCGAGGCAAUCACCUCAAAAGGUGGUUCUUUCCUUGAAGCUCCAGUUUCAGGUAGCAAAAAGCCUGCUGAAGAUGGUCAACUGGUAAUUCUUGCUGCUGGGGUGAAGGCACUCUAUGAGGAAGCACUCCCUGCUUUUGGUGUCAUGGGGAAGAAGCCAUUUUUCCUUGGGCAUGUUGGAAAUGGAGCAAAAACGAAACUUGUUGUGAACAUGAUAAUGGGGAGUAUGAUGACUGCAUUUUCAGAGGUACUUGUACUGGCUGACAGAAGUGGAUUGAACCCUCAUACUUUUCUGGAUGUGUUGGACCUAUGUGGAAUUGCUAAUCCAAUGUUCAGGAUGAAAGGACCCACCAUGAUUCAGGGCAGUUACUCUCCAGCAUUUCCUCUGAAACACCAGCAGAAGGAUAUGAGAUUGGCUCUUGCCCUUGGGGAUGAGAAAGGGAUAUCAAUGCCAGUGGCAGCUGCUGCCAAUGAGGCAUUCAAGAAAGCCAUAAGCAUGGGUUUGGGCGACCUUGAUUUUUCAGCUGUGCACGAGGCCGUGAAGGUUCCUGAACAUUAAUCCUGGUUCGACGCAUAUAGAUUAAAAAAUAUAUGGACGUUAACAGAGUUCUGACUAUGCAAAUGUUAAAGUGGGUGAAUUUUGGCUGAAUGGUAGAACCGUACAAGAAGCUAGGGCAACAUCAACAUGUGUCAGAGGCUACUCCAAUUUUCUCAUUACGAAACUCUCCAGCUCGAGAGUUAAAUUUAGCUAGACCAUGAUUUUCUUUCACUAUUGUACAAUUUUAAAUGAUUUAAAAAUUAGUUUUUACAAUUUUUAGUUAAA